AUGCCACACGCAUACAUCCAACCUCAGUCUGUAGACUAUGGGAUGAAGCUAUCAUCUCUGAUGUCUGCACCCAAGAUUAAUGAUGUUCCUACCAUGGAUGUACUCACUGAAAGGGAACUCAAUGGUUUGAUUCUACAGGAACCUGAUGAUGGGCACCUCAGCCAUGUACUUUCCUUGAUAUUCAAAACCUUUGGCACUACAAUUCCUCUUGCAAACUCACUUACUGUUUCUUUAAAUACCAAAACACCCCUCUACCUUCGUAAUUUUAGGAUUAAUCAAAAUUCCACCAACAAGGGCGAAACCGAGUCAGUGUCACUGUACAAUAAUGUGAAUCACUGUUGGAAUUGGGUGUUUCCCACACACGAGUGGCAUGCUAGCAAGUUACCUGACAAAAGUGGGCAGGAUCUCAGAGAGGAUGAUGAAGAGGACGAAGAACAGGACUCAGAAGAAGAAGACCAAGGGAAUGACGGCAAGGAUGUAGCAGUUGAUGUGGACGACUCACUGGCAGACCUCGGCAAGCACUUGCCUGAUGUUGGCACAGCACCGGCGGGACCAAUGCCACCAUCAACCAAUGAUGAGACGAACUUUGCAGGGUUCUUCAAUACUGUCGCUGUUGCCCUCACUGCAGCAAAUGAUAAGCUCACCAAGUUCAAUCCCAGUGGAGUGAUAUGGACAUGGAGCGGUGCGAACUCCACGCGCCCAGUCAAGGACGAGGAAAUCAAGUGCAAACCUGACCUAGCCUUACUGGAUGACAUGGAGGCUAGGUGGGAUACAAUCAAGGCGGUAUGCAAGUUGACAUCCCAAAAGUAUGUUGAUCAUUCAUCUACCUGUGCAAAAACUGAAGGCAUACCUUCUUUUAAGGCGCCAGCCCUGGAGACACUUCAUUCAGUUUGCAAUGGAUAUCGAGAUCUUCGGGUGCACUUGUAUGACCACUCAGGUGGUAUUGUAACCCCUUGCAUCAAUAUGGACCGGGAUCUGGACAGAUUCUUACAUACCUUCUCAUGCAUCGUUUUUGGUGGCCUCGAGUGCAUUGGGUAUGAUCCUACUAUCAGUAUCUUCACUAAGACACUUCAGCCCUGCCAACUCCAACAAUCCUCCACCUUCACUCUUCCUACUACCGCUGGAGCUACUGAUAACGCCACCAAAUACGCUCAUAGACAACAGAAUGAGAGUGCACCUGUCAUCCUUGAGAGUGUGCCAAUGGAAGGCACAGAUGAUCCCAUAUCCGAGUCAGAAGGUCCUGAGCCAUCCAGGAUCCUGAAGACCCUCUCCCAAAAGAACUCCUCCUCCCUGAAGACCUUCCUCCUCCAUGAAGGUCUCCCUAUGCCCCUUCCUGCAGAUCCCCUCCUUGCACCUCUUCCAGAGCUGAUCGGAAAAAUCUGA